AUGGACCCGAUCCCGCAAGGCGCAGGGCCCGAAGAUGCCGCAGAUGCCGUCCGGCAUGAAAUUGCGCAGCUAGAAGAGCGCCUCGCCGCCGCCAAGGCGCGUCUCCCCAAGACUGCAAAGACCGCAGCCACACCGCCCCCCCAGCCGCCGCUCGACUCGCCGACCCAUUACCUCCUCCUGCUGUCCGACUCGCAGCUGCCCAUCGGCUCCUUCGCCUUCAGCAGCGGCCUGGAGUCGUACCUGGCGCACUCCCACUCUCGGCCUCCGCGCCGGCCCUCCUUCUCGGCCUUUCUGCCCCUCUCGCUGUCCUCGUUUGCCGGCACGACGCUGCCGUUCGUGCUCGCGGCGCACCGCGACCCCUCGUCGCUCGUCAGCCUCGACGACCAGCUCGACGCGGCGGUGGUGUGCACCGUCGGCCGGCGAGCCAGCGUGGCCCAGGGCCGCGCCCUGCUGUCCGUCUGGGAGCGCUCCUUCCGGGCGGCGCUCCCCGCGGGCGCGACGCACCCCCCCGCGCUCGGCGAGCUCGGCGCCCUGCUCAGGCAGGCUCCCGCGGGCGGAGGGGGGGCCGACGGCGUCCCCGCGGCGUCGGCGCACCUGGCGCCGCUGUUUGGGGUUGUCUGCGCGCUCGUGGGGCUGAGCCUGCGGCAGACGGCGUACGUGUACAUGGUCAGCCAUGCCAAGGCGCUGGUGUCGGCGGCGGUGAGGGCCGGCGUCUUCGGGCCGUACCAGGCGCAAAACGUGCUGGCGGGCGAGCAGGUCCAGAGCAUGAUAGCCAGGGUCAUUGACAGGGAGUGGGAUACGCCUGUCGAGGAGGCUGGGCAGGGCGUGCCUGUCAUGGACCUGUGGAUCGGGCGGCACGAGAUGCUCUACUCUCGGAUAUUCAACAGCUGA